AUGUUUGAUCUCUUUUAAUGCUUUGAUCUUCUUCUGCCCAACGCCUGUGGGUCUUAUUCCCUAGAGAAUAACAUGAAUAUCCAAACAAAGCAUAUUGUAUGUUUCUCUUCUCUUCGUCCUUCUCUUACUCCAUUCUCUGCUUUUUGUGCCUUUCUCUUUCGGCUAUUUUCUCUCGCUCUUACCCUCCCGGCUCUCCUUUUUCAACCCAUUCUGCGAUUCCGCACUCUGGCACCUCUCUCAUCAGGAUCACGAUAGCUCAUCCGCGCUAGCGAAUACGCACUAGUGCAUGCGAGAUCCACGCAAAAAAGUCAGCUCUAAGGGGCUGUUCCGCUCUACACUCGAUUACAGCCCGUGCUGUGAUUGGUCCGCGGCUGUUUCUCGCGGAAGACUGCACUUGCGUACCAGUGCCAAUUCUUUCAUCACUUUCUGCCCAGCCAGACCCGGUCUAUGCUCGCAUUGCCUGCGUUAGGCCGCGUACGCUUCAUCUCCAGGACGGUGGAGUUAGUAGGA